AUUUAAAGGGACAAUGUCCCCCGAGCGGUGGAGGCGGCGGCGGCUGUGGAGGCCGCAGCACCGGCACCGGGAGCAGCAGCGGUGGUAGCAGCAGCGACGGCCGCACCGAGGAGGGGAGCCCGGAGCCCCGGCGCCCGACCGGUGGGGCCGCCUCCCUGCUCCACAAUGUGUCACUGAGCCGCCCAGCUGCUGAGGGGAGCAGGGCUGAGCCCUCAUGGAUGGCCCCCUGGCAGGAGGCCUGGUGGCCCCCGACCACCCCUGUGGCCCCAGCCGACUGCCUGGCCCAGCGCCCAGGGAAGACAUGGACGGUGGAAUUGAGGAGGCCGAGGGUGACAGCAGCAUCUUCCAAACCACGCAGUACCUGCCUCUCUCCAAGGAGGGACCCCGGGACAUCCUGGACGGCCAAGGUAGCCUUUCUGACGGGCAACCCCAUCCCAGCCUCUGCGAAGCCCUCCCCCGCGCCAGCUCCGCCAGCCUUCGGACGCGCCCCUGCCUCGACUUGCGGCCGGGCUCCCCACUGCGCCGUCUCUGGGGCCGCUUCCCUGGCCCCCCUGAUGGCCAGGGGCCCUGGGAGAACACCGUGCACCCUGAGGUCGGGGAGGGCCGCCCGCUGGAGCACAGGGUGGAGGACUUGGUCAUCGUGAGACCUGGGAAAGAGCUGGAGGGGGGCGCGCUGAGGCUCUCGCACAUCCAGAGCAAUCUUACACCCGUGCACAAGGGGUUUCGGGGUCGGCCCCAGCUCCAUUGGCACCCUGACAGAGAGGGGCCCUUGCACCCUGACCUGCUGCCCCCUCCCCUUUGCCCCUCCCUGCCAUCCCCAUCCUUCCAGCCAGUAUUGCUGCCACCAGCCGUUAACAAUGAUGCCCAGACACUGGCCAUGACCAUGGUGGAGGCCCCCCAGAACCUGGAGGGCCUCGAGGGACAGGCUGAAUGGGGCUUGUCCAGGGCAGCCUCAGAGGUGGCCACACAGACCUGGACUGUGAACGCAGAGGCAUCUGUGGAGCGACUGCCACCUAGGCACCCAGAACCCUACCUCUGUGGGCUCCUGGAGGAGGUGGCUGAGGGAGCAGCUGACCUGGAGGAGGAGGAUGAUGACGAUGACGACGACGAGGAUGAGGACAAGGAGCCAGCUGUGUUCCCCUGCCUCGAGUGCAGCAUCUACUUCCCACAUAAGGCACAUCUGCUGGAGCACAUGAGCCAGCACCGCCGGGCCCCGGGCCAGGAGCCACCAGCCCACCUGACACCCCUGUCCUGCGGUGAGUGCGGCUGGGCCUUCGCCGACCCACAGACACUGCAGCAGCACCGGCGGCUCCACCAGGCCUCCCGUGAGAAGAUCCUUGAAGAGAUCCAGAAGCUGAAGCAGGUGCCGGCCGGUGAGGGCUGGGGGACCGGGCUGCCGGGCCCUCACUGCGCCUUGGAUGACCGCCCGGGAGAGCCCUUGGCGGCCACUGCCGUGCUGGCCUGCCCACCCCCGGGAGCCUCGUCGUCAUCGUCGUCGGGCCUGCAGGCCUGCUGGUACUGUGGCUUCCUGGCAUCCAGUGAGACUUUGCUCAGGGAACACGUGAGGCUGGCCCACGCGGCACCCCCCUGGGAUGGGCCCAGCCAGGAGGUCCAUGACUGCAUCCCCCCCGCUGUGGACUACUUUGGCCAAGUGAAGCCGUUCCUGGGCCCUGACUGGCAGGAAGGUCCUGCUGGACACAGCCCGAGCAUGGAGCUGGGCCGGGGCUGCCCGCCACUGGGCUGGACGGGUCCUCAGCUCCCACGGCUGACCCGGGCCUCUGCCUCCUGCUCUGUCCAGCUCCAGCAGGACGUGCCCCCUGACCCACUGGGGGCCGGGAGUUACCCUUGGAGUGACGAGGAGGAGGAGGGCAUCCCGCUGACCCCAGAAGUGGAUGCUCCACCUGGAGCUGGCCUGUGGCUCUCCCCCUCCACCCCUGGCCGCAUCCCGCCACGAGCACUGGAGCUGAGGCGAACUUUCUGGGAGGCCCUGAGGGCCGCCGAGGCCUCAACCCUGCAGCAGAGGCAACUGCGCUGGACGGUGCCUGUGGUACUGCUGCCCAGGGUAGGGCCAGAGGUGCUGGCCACCACCAUGGCUGCGAGGCAGGGCGCCCCCGAAGCACUGAGGCUGACAGGCGCCCACCCCCUGGAUUUGCUGCUGCUGGACACGCCACUGGGGUUGGACGCGCUCCUGGGCGGGGACCCCAUGGCAGCACUGCGGCCCGAGGAGCGCAGGUGCCCCUACUGUCCCGACCGCUUCCACAAUGGCAUUGGCCUGGCCAACCAUGUCCGCGGCCAUCUCAACCGCGUGGGCGUCAGUUACAAUGUUCGUCACUUCAUCUCAGCUGAGGAGGUGAAGGCCAUCGAGCGCAGCUGCUCCUUUCAGAAGAAGAAGAAGAAAGUGGCCAACUUUGACCCAGGCACUUUCAGCCUCAUGCGCUGUGACUUCUGCGGAGCAGGCUUCGACACGCGGGCCGGCCUUUCCAGCCACGCCCGUGCCCACCUGAGGGACUUCGGCAUCACCAACUGGGAACUCACCGUGUCGCCCAUCAGCGUCUUGCAGGAGCUGCUGGCCACGGCUGCCACUCCACGGCCCCCUGGCACCCUCCUGCCCGCCCGCCGGGCCCGCAUGCCUCUGCCCUUGCCCUGCCCCAGCGGCUGGGCUGAGGACCUAGGCCCCACCUACAGCGACGGCCUGGGUCCCGAGGAAGGCGAGGUGGUGGCCGUGGACCUGGGCGUGGCCGCACUGCCCAGGAAGAGCCUGACUGUGCCAGGGCCCCUGGAGCAGGUGGCCAGCCGGCUGAGCAGCAGAGCCGCUGCAGAGGGCCCGCACACUAGCCGGCCCGAACUGCCGGACCUCAAGGCCCACAGCCUGACCACCUGCGAGGUGUGCGGUGCCUGCUUUGAGACACGCAAGGGCCUGUCGAGCCAUGCGCGCUCACACCUGCGGCAGCUGGGGGUGGCCGAGUCCGAGAGCAGCGGCGCCCCCAUCGACCUGCUCUACGAGCUGGUGAGGCAGAAGGGGCUGCCCGACGCCCACCUUGGGCUGCCCCCCAGCUUGGCCAAGAAGUCCGGCUCGCCCAAGGAGAUGGUGGCCGGGGCCCCGCGGCCCGGCCUGCUCACCCUGGCCAAGCCCCUGGACGCCCCUGCCAUCAACAAGGCCAUCAAGUCGCCGCCUGGCUUCUCCGCCAAGGGCAUGGUCCACCCGCCCAGCUCCCCGCUCCUCAAGAAGGCACCACUGGCCCUGGCGGGCUCCCCCAACCCCAGGAAUCCUGAGGACAAGAGCCCCCAGCUGUCCCUGAGCCCCCGGCCGGGCUCUCCCAAGGCACCGUGGCCCCAGUCUGAGGACGAGGGGCCCCUGAACCUCACUGUAGACAGUGCCAGGGACCGAGGGCUGAACUGCCCGCUGUGUGGUGCCUGGUUUGAGACCCGCAGGGGCCUGUCCAGCCAUGCCCGCGCCCACCUGCGCCACCUGGGUGCCAGCGACCCGGACGCCAAGCGAUCCCCCAUACUCCUGCUGCACGGGCUCGUCAGGAGGGCCGGCUCCCCAUCCCCACUGGGCUGCCCCCUGACCUGCACGGCCUCCUUGCUCCCAGUCCCCACCCUGGCCCAGAAGGCUGAGCAGACGGGCGUGGGCGUGGCCAGCCCCCCGGGGAAGCAGCGUCUCUUGGCCGCCACCACUGCCGCUGGCAUUUGCUGGGCCUCUGAUGUGGAGCGGCUCCCUCUCGCCCUCUCCUCAGGACCCGAACCGGCGCGUGACAUCCGCUGUGAGUUCUGCGGUGAGUUCUUCGAGAACCGCAAGGGCCUGUCAAGUCACGCGCGUUCACACCUGCGGCAGAUGGGUGUCACCGAGUGGUACGUCAACGGCUCACCUAUUGACACUCUGCGGGAGAUCCUCAAGAGACGGACCCAGUCCCGGCCUGGUGGUGCCCACCCGCCUGGCCACAGCCCCAAAGCCUUGGCCAAGAUGGCUGGCAGCGGUAGUCCCGGCGGUGUGCUGGAGGCCCGCAGCCCCGCAGACCUGCACCUCUCACCCCUGGCCAAGAAGUUGCCGCCGCCACCAGGCAGCCCCCUGGGCCACUCCCCCACGGCCUCACCUCCUCCCACUGCCCGGAAGAUGUUCCCUGGCCUGGCGGCUCCCUCCCUCAGCAGGAAACUGAAGCCAGAGCAGAUGCGGGUGGAGAUCAAGCGGGAGGCACUUCUGCACGGGGAGCCGCAUCCCCCCGACAGCCCCUGGGCGGCCCCUCGCGAAGACCUGAGUCCCCUGAACCUGUCAUCCCGGGCAGAGCCUGUGCGCGACAUCCGCUGUGAGUUCUGUGGUGAAUUCUUCGAGAACCGCAAGGGCCUGUCCAGCCACGCACGCUCGCACCUGCGACAGAUGGGUGUCACCGAGUGGUCUGUCAACGGCUCGCCCAUCGACACCCUGCGGGAGAUCCUCAAAAAGAAGACCAAGCCGUGCCUCAUCAAGAAGGAGCCACCGGCCGGGGACCUUGCCCCUGCGCUGGUCGAGGAUGGGCCUCACCUGGUGGCCCCUGGGCCCAUGCAGAGUGCCCUGCCGCUGGUGCCCAUGGCAGGCCGGCCAGGCAAACCGGGAGCUGGGCUGGGCCACAUCCCCCGCGAGCUCAUCCUGGCGCCCCUCAGCGGUACCAAGGCUGCAACUGUCGGCUACCUAGGCUCCAUGGCAGCCAAGCGGCCCCUGCAGGAGGACCGCCUCCUGCCCCCGGAGGUGAAGGCCAAGACUUACAUCCAGACCGAGCUGCCCUUCAAGGCCAAGGCGCUGCAUGACAAGGCCUCCCACUCGUCCACCGAGGCCUGCUGUGAGCUGUGUGGCCUCUACUUUGAGAACCGCAAGGCACUGGCCAGCCACGCGCGGGCGCACCUGAGGCAGUUUGGGGUGACCGAGUGGUGUGUGAAUGGCUCCCCCAUCGAGACGCUGAGCGAGUGGAUCAAGCACCGGCCCCAAAAGGUGGGCGCCUAUCGCAGCUACAUUCAGGGCGGCCGUCCCUUCACCAAGAAGUUCCGCAGUGCUGGCCACAGCCGUGAGGGUGACAAGCGGCCGCCUCUGGGGCUGGCCCCCGGUGGCCUGGCUUUGGUGGGACGCAGCGCCUGUGGCGAGCCAGGGCUCGAUUUGGGCCGUGCGGCCGAUGGCAGCGAGCGGCCUCUGGCCUCCAGCCCUCCAGGCACUGUGAAGGCCGAGGAGCACCAGCGGCAAAACAUCAACAAGUUUGAGCGCCGGCAAGCCCGUCCUGCAGACGCCUCUGGGGCCCGGGGCAGUGAGGAUGCUGGCAGUCUGCAGCAGAAGCUAGAGGAGGUCCGGCAGCCCCCUCCCCGGGUCCGGCCGGUCCCCUCCCUGGUGCCACGACCGCCUCAGACAUCACUUGUCAAGUUUGUGGGCAACAUCUAUACUCUCAAGUGCAGGUUCUGCGAGGCACAGUUCCAGGGGCCACUGUCCAUCCAGGAGGAGUGGGUGCGGCACUUGCAGCGGCACAUCCUGGACAUGAGCUUCUCCAAAGUGGACGCCCCUCCCGAAGAGCCCCCCGCUCCGCAGGCACAGACAGCCGUGACUGAGGCGCCCUGACACGCGCAUUCCACACCCUCCUCCACCCUCUCUUCCCUCUUUCUUUUCCGUUUCCAAAGGAGCAAGCCAGAACCUCAAACCGGUCCCCAGGGGGGCCGGGCACACUACAGCUGGGGCAUCCGCCCCCAGCACAGGACUUGGGGCUUGGGGGGAGGGUUCCCUGGCCCGUGGGGGCAGCCAGGUGGGGCUGCGCUUGCCUUUUAUGGCCAUUCCCAGAGACCCCAAAGACCCCCUGUCCUGGCUCCCUCCUGUCCCCGUGGACCUACUCACUCGCGACACGUGCACGCACGCACCUCGUGAGACCUGGGAUCUGCCGAGCCCCCCAGUUCCCGAGUCGAGCGACCAAGUCCCGCCACGGUGCUUGCUCAGGGGAGGCCGGGAACCCCUACUGAGCCAUGAUGCCACGGAAACCCUUGCUGGCCACGCCUCCCCUCAGGGGCUUCCCCAGCAGGAAGAGCUCAGAGCUGAUAGCUGCCCCCUGCCAGGUCAAGUGCCCCAGCCUGCGGGCUCGGGCGGGAGGGGUUGCGGUGGGCUCCCCCAUGCCCGCCCUCCCCACUUUUCUCUGUUGCUUUCUUUCUAUGUAUAGCUCCUUAGACCAUCACUUUUUUAAAAACGCGUUUUGUGUAGAGAAUAAGGAACGUUGAUCUUUUUAUUUUGCAACCCUGGGCCAGUUAGACACCGGGAGAUGAUGGAACUUUUAACUUUUUUCAGUGGCCACAUUUUGGUUAUCUAUGUACUAGAAGUAUGUAAAUUAGAUUAAAUUUCUCUUCUGGAAACUCC